AUGAGCGCGAGACGAAUGUGGAGAUGGUUGUACCUGGAACCCAUUUUGUACAACGAGGACGGAGACCUCGGCGUCAAGUUUAGAAAAGUAGACCAUCUGUUUAAGCAAGUAGCUCGUAUUAUUGAAGCUGAUCCUCGAGUGUCGGCGCUCGUGCACUCCACCAGGCUGAAGCCGAUGCUCGACGCGAUAACAGAGCAACUGAACGCUUGCCAGUCUGCUUUGAACCAGUACAUGGAAGAGAAGCGGUCUGUAUUUCCAAGACUAUACUUCCUUAGCGAUGACGACCUACUGGAACUGCUGGGUCAGGCCCGUGCGGGGGCUCAGGGCCGGGAGGUAGUGAUGCAGACGCAUCUCAAGAAGCUGUUCCCCGGGAUCACUGGAGUGAAUCUCGGCCCCGGCGGGGUGAGCCUGACAACACUGUGUAGUCAGUACGGAGAAAUGUUCACGUUGGACCGGCCGGUCGACAUCGAUUGUUCAGUUGAGGUGUGGCUGAACCGAUUGGAACAAGAAAUACGUUCGUCGCUCAAAAGUUUGACCUUGAAGUGUCUGGUCAAACACGGAUCACCCCAUCAGGAUCCAUUCUCACUGCCGACACAAAUAUUAUGCUUGUUACAAAACAUCCGGUUCACGCAACAGGCGGAGAGCGCCAUCCUGACCAAGGACCUCAGGAAAUUGAAGGACAAUAUAGAGAAGGAGCAUAUAUAUUAUGCUGAAGCUGAAGUAGACAAUGAAAAUGAAAAAUGCAAAAGGCAGGCUCUUAUAUUGCAGUGCUCCUAUUACGCCUCCGUCGUUGAUUCUUUGAUCGAGAACAAUAUCGUCGCCACCAGCGACUGGCUGUGGCAAAAACAACUCAGAUUCUAUUUAGUUAAUAAAGAGGAUGUGGUGGCUAAGAUGGGGUUAGCUGAGAUUUCUUAUUCGUACGAGUAUCUCGGCGUCAUCACUGGGCAGUUCGUGCGGACGGAGUCCACAGACGACAGCUUUCUUAUUCUAACACAGGCGCUACACCUGGGCUUCGUCGGGAACCCGUUCGGCCCGGCCGGUACGGGGAAAACGGAAUCAGUGAAGGCUCUGGGCAGCUUGGUGGGAAGACUGGUGCUCGUCUUUAAUUGUGAUGAAGCCAUGGACGCGUCUUGUCUGGCGCGGCUGCUAAGCGGCGUGGCUCGUUGUGGCGCGUGGGGCUGCUUUGAUGAAUUUAACAGGUUGGAGCACCCCGCCCUGGCCGCAGCCGCCCACCAACUGACCGCGCUGCUCACCGCCCUCGCAGCACGGGACGAACACGUCGUACUACAAGGCAAGAAGGUGCCGCUGUCCCAAUGGUGUGGUGUGGCGGUGACCCUGAACCCGGUCGGACGUGGCUAUGGAGGUCGCCGCGAGCUCCCUGCCGCAUUGCAGGCCGCCCUGCGUCCUUUGGCUCUUCGCCCUCCGCCGUCCACGCUUCUUGCGUCUCGGCUUCUGGCCGCGCACGCGCCCUGCCGCGACCCCGACCAGUACCGGCGCCUGGGAGAGGACUUGGAUUGCGUCUUUCAACUGGCGAGCACAUUGCUGAGCAGUCAACGCCACUAUGACUGGGGCCUACGCGCUCUGAAGGCGGCGGUCAGCAGCUGUGGGGCAGCCCUGGCGGCUGGAGGGAUGGAGGGCCAACUGAGCUGGCGGAGGGCCGUGCUGAGGAGGGUCCUGCGACUGAAUAACCUGUCAAAGCUGACCCCCUGCGACGCCGAGAGAUUUGAAAAUAUUUUAUCCUUGGUAUUCGCUGAGGUCCCGGAGCAGCAGGUCGCUACAGAUCCCGUCCGUUCUGCCCUUGAGGAAGCGGUUCACCGCCUGGGUCUGGUCACCAACGACGUGCAGAUUCAAAAAUGCGUGGAGCUGUAUGAGCAGCUGCAGCAGAGAAUGGGAGUCGUCAUAGUGGGUCCGCCGGGCUCCGGGAAGACCACCAUACGGCGACUGCUGAAGACGGCGCUGGUCGCUCGAGGUCGCAGCAUCGUAGAGUACGUGAUCCGUCCGAAAGCCUUGCAGCGCGGCUGGCUGCUCGGGGGAGCGGCGGCGGGGAGCAGCGCCACCACGGGCGUACUGCACACUGUGGCGCUGCAGGCCACCGCACAAGACGAUGAGACGUGGUCGUGGGUGGUGUGUGACGGAGACGUGGACCCGGACUGGGUGGAGGGCCUGAACUCGGUGCUGGAUGACAACCGCCUGCUGACCCUGCCUUCCGGGGAGCGCGUCUGUCUCCAGAGAGGAGUCAGCUUCCUGUUCGAGACGGACGCGCUCUCGGCCGCCUCGCCCGCCACGCUCACGCGACUCGCACCCAUACUCUUGAGUGAAGACAGCGACUGCAGUCGAGAAAUAUUGGAAAGAUGGAGUCGAAGAACAGAAUUAGAAAAUGAAACGAUGAAACAGUCGCUGAUGGUGAUGAGAGACAUGACGCAGAAAGUUCACGCGUGGAUGAAGAGGAACAGCACCGAGCUCGUCAUGAAGCACUGCGGACUCUCAACCGUGACGCAGAUAAUAUCGCAGUUCGAACACCUCGUGCGGGAGACCAGCUCGGACGUGAGAGUCAUCGGCGUGGACGAACACGUGCACACCGCCGUCGUCAGAGGAGCUACCAGUGUCAUAAAACAGAGAGCCAUCGAAGACUUCUACAGGGAGAUGCAGCUGUCCCCGGAGCCCCCGCCCACAGGUCACAGUCUCCACUCGCUGCAGGGUCCCCGCCUGCGGAGUGCCAGCCUCGUGCUCCAGGCCUCUCUGCUCCACUCGCACUCCUUAUUAUUGGGUCCUGUGGCCAGCGGGAAAAAUGUUCUAGCGGAGUAUGUCAUGAGAGAGACUUUCGCGACGGUCGUGGUGAUAGACUGCACGCCCAUCCUCGAGCCAUCCGAUAUCAUAGAGGAAUUGAAACGAAGGAACUUAGUGGGAGGGUCGAGCGGCGGGGGCGGCGGGGCCGGGGCGAGGGCUGCGGGGGGCGCGGGGUUGCUGGUGCGGUCGCUGCACCGAGCCGCUCGAGACUCCUGGGGCUCCGUCAGGGUGCACGAUUUCCUGUUGCAGCUGAUACAAGAGGGCGGUUUUUGGAGUAUGGAGGGUGGCGGGCCCCAGUGGCUCUCCGUGUCCCGCUUCACCCUACUGGUGACGGCCACCGCCGUCCGUCGCCUGUCCCCUCGUCUGUCGGCCGCCCUGCAGCCGCUCGUCAUAACCGAACCGGAUGAUGACGAACUUCUGGAGCUGUCUGAGAUGUACCUGAGAGACAGCAUCCCGACCGACAUCCCGGGUGGUGACAUCUCUGAUCUUGUACGGCGCAUGCUCACUCUGUAUAGAGAGGUCAUCGAAGCCUUCUACUCCCAACCUCACUACUCCUGGAACUGCUCCCACAUCAGGCGUUGGUGUGAGAACGUGAAGCUCUACUGUCCCACUAACAGUUCGGAUGUCUGGACGGCCAUCACGGCAGAAGCGCAUAUGAUAUUCAGAGAGAGAUUGAUCAGCGCCCAGGAGAAGUCACAGUACGACACAAUAGUUCAGAAACAUUUGCCAGGAGCACAUCCACGGAUGUUCUACAGGCCCAAGAUGAGGAGCGAGGGGAUCUACCUGGAGAGACUCGACGAAGACGAGUGGUAUCGGCACACGCAGAAAACCAUCAACCAGUGCUUAACGGACGACGAGCGAGCCUUCGGGGAUGUAGCUGUCGAGGCCUGUGAGGAGCUGACUCUCUGGAUCGUCGCCGCCGCCACCGCUCUGUCCGGGUGUGUGUCGACAUGUGUGUCGAGCGAGGGGGCCGGGCGCCGGGCUGGGGCGAGGCUCGCGGCCGCCGCACUCGGAGCCGCCACGCACACUCUCACACACGAGCGCCACCUGCACACACUCGUACAUGAUGCGCUGUCGUCGGCGGUGUCAGGUCGUUCUCUGCUCUUGGUGUGUGGGUCGGCGUGCUCUCGCCCCGUCCUAGGGUCACUGGAGGCCCUGCUGUCGGCUGAAAACUUCCAGUCGCUACCCUCAGCCAUGGUACCUUCCACAGGGAACAACACUCCGAGUUUAACUAACAUUAAACAAAAUCUGGGCAUAAUGAUAUGUUUGGACAAAGAUCAAGAGAAGCUUAAAGAUCUGAUGGAUGAGUUUCCACUUCUGCAUGAGUCGAACCGCCUGUGCUGGCUGGAGGGCUGGUCGGCCGACACUCUGAGGAAGAUGCCGUCACUCGUCAUACAGAGAUUAAUGAAAGAGGACGCCCAGGACGAGAGCCAGGAGGAGCUGAACACUGUGCCGGCCGAGGGGUUCGCGGCGAUAUACCAGACGGUGGAGGAGGGGUGGCUACGAGCCCCCGUCCGGUACAUACACUUCAUCAAGGCCUACCACCACAUCCUCACUCAUAAAAGAAGAACUCUUUUGCAGCGGAAGAACAUGCUCGCCGCCGGAGUGAAGGCGCUGAGCGUCGCUCGCGAAACAGUAGCGACCCUUCAAGCCCAGGCGGAGGAGCAGGAGCGAGCACUCGGCCUGGAGCGGGCGGCCGCCUCGGACGCCUUGCAGCAGAUGGGGGCCACGGUGAGGGCCGCCACUCACCGGAAGGAAGACAUGCAGCGGCUCAAGGACGACAUACAGGCCGAGAACCAGAAACUAACGCUGCGGAAGAAAGAAAUAGAAGCAGAGCUAGCGUCUGUGGAGCCCGUCGUGGCCGCGGCGAGGGCGGCCGUCGGAGACAUCAGGCCGGAGGCGCUCAGUGAGGUCCGGUCUCUGCGCGCUCCGCCUGAGGUAGUCCGCGACGUGCUGGAGGGCGUGCUGCGCCUCAUGGGUAUCGCCGACACCUCCUGGCACUCCAUGAAGAACUUCCUCUCUAAGCGCGGUGUCAAGGAGGACAUCAGACACCUGGACGCGGCGGACAUCAGCCCGGAGGCUGCGGCUGCGGUGUCCCGGCUGGUGGAGCGCCGCGCCGCGUCUUUCACUGCGGAGAGCGCCCGCCGCGCGAGUGCCGCGGUGGCCCCGCUCGCCGCCUGGGUUCGCGCUAAUCUCGAACACGUGCACGCACUAGGCCGGGUGCGGCCGCUCCAAGAACAGCAGAGGGAACUGCACGAAAGGCUCCGACGUGCGGAGGAGGAGGUGGCAGCGCUGUCCUCGGGUCUGGUUUCGGUGGAGGGUCGAGUGUCGGAGCUGCAGGAACAGCUCGGCCAGCACGCGCACGAGGCGGCGGCGCUGGAACACCGGCUGCAGCUCGCCACAAGCACGCUGCGGGCCGCCACCACGCUGCUCGACCAGCUCGGACACGAGGCCCACACCUGGGACGAUGAUUUGCAAAGUAUUUCUAAAGAGAUCUUAGAACUAAAUCAGAGAUCUCUUUUGGCUGCUGGAUACCUGUCAUAUCUGCCUCACUGGACGGAGCAGCAGGCGAGGGAGGAACUGUUGCGAUGGAGUUCCCUCAUACAGUAUGAUGAUGGCAACUUUUCAGUCUUAAAUUUCCUAUCGUCCUCGGAGGAACAGCUCCAGUGGCAAGCCGAGGGACUCCCGACGGAUCUCUCUGCCGCCAAGAACGCUCUCGUUCUUCACAAGUUCCUAUCCGGAGUGGGCCUUCGUCCUCUGUUGGUGGAUCCGGAGGGCGAGGCGCGCACGUGGCUCAGAUUGGCAUCCACUGUAUCACUGGAGACGGUUAGCGGUGGUGGGCGCGAGUUAGGGGUGGUGAUGCAGCAGGCGCAGCGCACAGGCGCGACCCUGCUGGUGACGGAAGCCGAUCAGUUAGACGGGUGGUGGUGGAGCGCCGCGGGAGCCGCGCGAGCCGUCCUACUCACCGGGGACAUCGCGAUGGCAGAGCGGCUGAAACCCCACAUCAGAGCUACCCUCGCACCACUACUCUUCACCUCGCGACUCGACGCGUUACUAGAUCAAUUAGUGAAUUAUGCAAUAGAGAAGCGACGUCCGGAGAUGUUCGAGAAAUGGAAGGAAAUGAAACGUAAAGCAGCCACCUUACAGAAACAACAGCAUGAGUUACAGGAACACCUGCUGAAGGAGCUGUCGAUGUCGCGCGACAUUCUCCAGGACGGGGGGCUGGUGUCGGCAUUGGAGGGGGCGCGGACGGCGACGGGUCAGGUGGCGGCAGCACGGGCCGAGCAGGAGGCGCUGACGGAGGCGCUGGCGGCGAGCGCGGAAUCCUGCCGCCCGCCCGCCCUCACCGCCGCUCGGCUGGCAUUGGCGGUGCGCCGACUGGCCUCGAGACGACCGUUACUGGCCCUUCCUGCCAACGCCCUACGGGACGCCUUCCUCGAAUCACUGGACAGAGACCAGGGUGACCCGAGUAAUAUAAACAAGGAACAAGUGACUAAACACUUCGUGAAGAAGACGUUGGAGCGCGUGAUGCUGAGCGUCCAUCGUCGGGAGAGGUGGAUCGUCAUGUUACACCUCUUGAAACACGUUCACGAAGACCUCAUUAAAGACAAGCUCUGGCAGCUACUGGUCAAUAACUUUAACAUGGAAGUACGAGACGAGGACUCGAUAGUGGACUUGCAGAACAAGUAUCGCUGGAUGAGUAAGAACGGCGCCAGAAGAGUGGCGCUGAUAAAGACGCUGGACGAGGAGCUCUUCGAGCGUCUGUCGCUGGGGGAGUGGACCAGUGAGGGUGACCUGCGGGUGUUGGAGGGAAGCUCGCUGUCUCCGGGGGAGCGGGUGCUGGUCGCCGCCGCUCUGAACCCCGGAGCCCUACACCGGGCCGUGAUGCAGUGUGUCGACCAACUGAUGGAGGGAACAAGCGUCCCGGACGGCGAGGAGGUGCCGCGCGCCAUCCGGUGCUCCGCCCCGAGCCAGCCCGUGCUGCUGUUGGCGCCGCACGCCGGCCAACAACUGGCCAGCGUCGCUGCCGCCCGGGGGCGGACGCUCACCACCGUGGGGAUCGACGAUGGUGUGGUGGCCUGGGAGGACGGCCUGCAGCGAGCGCGCGGCGGCUGGCUGGCCGUCGCCGUGGGAGCGACCCCCUUCACGAGAGAUUUGAUCGUGUUCGUUGCAUCGAUGGCGGAGAGGGCGAACGAGUUCAGCGAUGAAUUUCGUCUUUGGAUCCUGGCCGAAGAACGAGCGAUUCCAUACGCACUAACGAGUGCGUGUGUCACCGUCAUACUGGAACCGGCAGAGGGCGUGAAGCGAGCCGCGUGCAGCGCACUGGAAUCGUGGUCGGGACCCUCGGUAGCGGGAGACGCGGCGCGCCUGGCGGCGGGCCUGGCGCUGCUUCACGCACUCGCCACGGAGAGACGCGCCUACAUACCCAUAGGCUGGAGUCGGUGGUACGGCUGGGGCUGGUGCGAGUGGCGCGCGUGUCAGACGGCGGUGCAGGCUGCGGGAGAGGCGGCGCGUCCUCUGUGCUCCUCCCUGUACUCGUCCCGGGUCAGCGAGCGCGCCGACCGACGCGUGCUGCUGGCACUGGAGGCGCGCUGCCUGUCCGGGGCUCCGGCCCUUCGACUACCGUCUUCGGCGACGCUUCAGGACUACGCGUGUUCGUUGGAGUCCCUGCCGUGUUCGGACUCGGCCACCUUGCUCCAGCUGCCUCUCAACUGUCGCUCCGCCCGCCUCCAGCGAUACGCGACACUCGUCAUGGAUGGACUCAGAGAAUUCAAUAGCACGGCUCGUGUCAAGGAAGAAGGCUCCUUCACCACGUCCAAGAUGCUUCAGUCUCUGUGGAAGAAGCUGAUGGCGGGAAGUCCUCUACUGAAACCGGACUACCGCGUCACGGAUUGUGUCGGGUGGUGGGGGGCCGUGGUGUCGGCGGAGGCUCGCGACGCGGCCCGCGGGGCCCGGGUCCUGCACGCCUCGCUGUCCGCCGGUCGGUUCCUGUCACCGAUGACCCAGGUCCCGGAGAGCUGGCAGCUGGUGUGGCCCGGGCCGGACCUGCCUCAGGACUACUUGAGGGAGUUCACCUCCCGGGCGAGAGCGGCGCACCAGAGGACCGCGGAGGAAGCUCCGUCGCAACAGGACUACAUGCCCACAGAGCUGGACCUCCGCCUGUUCCUCCGCCCUGACCGCGUGCUGUCAGCGCUGCUCGCCCUCCGCGCGACUCGCCUCGCCUGCCCUCCGGCGACACUCGUCCUCACUGCGCAGUGGAAUUGCACUGACGGAAAUGCGGACUCUGGCGGCUUAUCCGUCAAAGGCCUGUCCCUGUCGGGCGGCGUGUGGAGCUCCUCAGACGAGGGCGGUCGGGAGCGGAGAGGAGAAGGCUCCGUGGCGGCGGUGAGCGCGGAGUCCCCGACGCUGUCGGAUGCUCCGCCUAUUCUCCUACGAUACGUCCGUCGUGCCGAGGACUCGCAGAGCUCCCGCGACUCGCAGCCGGCCCUGAUCCCGCUCUACGAGAGUCCCCGACGAGAGACAGAGUUGUGCUGGCUCCGCGCCCCGCUGGGACCCUCGCUGAAUGCACAGGACGCCGCACUGCAUGCCCUGGCGCUGGUGGUCACUCCACAUGACUAGUGCACACACAGACGUGACAUUAAAAAAUAAUUGAAUACAACUACAAGUAUUAAAAUACAAUUUGAGAAUUAUUUGCUACCUUACUAUAUACAAGGCACAUACAAAAUGGUUUCAAAAAAUGUAUUCACCUAUAUAUAUGUGUAGUCGGUCUCAUAACGAACUGGCCUGAUGUAGGUCUCCGCGACAUGUCGCUACAUGCUGUGUUGCAUUCGAUAGUAGGGACGUGUAUCGUGUACUUAGGUAAUAUAAGAAACACGCAUCGACAUGAAAUGCUUAGUCUUAGUUGAGCUGGCGUCUGAAUAACGAGAGUCGCGUAUUUUUUAAAAAAGUCGAAAACUAAGUAUCGGAGUGUCAUAAAGUUUCUGUUUAAAGAAGGUUUGUCCGUGCCCAAAUAAAAUAACGAUUGGAUGGCGUGUAUAAGGGGUCUGCCCCUCCUGUAGCAUGGUGAAAACUUGGGUGGAAGGCUUUCACCUCGGGAGAGAAACCGUCGAAGACACUGACAAAAUGGUCGACCUGGGCAAGUGGUCACUCCCGAAACGAUUGGUCUUAUCGAAGGGAAGCUUCUUAGUGACCGCUGUUUGAAGAAAAGAGCAAUUGUAUCUUGGGCUCUCUAAAAGUAAACCUCAUCGUGCGAUACAUGAACACCUUCACAUGAAAAACGUUAACCUACAUUAUUACGACUAAACCCUUAAAUUCAGGCCUGAAGUGCCCGGUGGGGGGGAUACGCCCGUCCCAAGGGUGCCUCUAAGAGACCGGACCUCAGUUUAGGACGUUGUUGAAGGGGAAGGUGGCUGCAUAAUGCCGUGAUAGACAACAUGACAAUCUCCAACAGCAGAACGCCGGAGCCACGCAUAUAAAGCUAGACCUCGUUUUCGACGGCGAAGGCGGUGUGAGUUGGUGUUAUUGUGUGCCAUGGGGGUAUUCAUGUCUAUUGUUGUUUUGUCGUCAGGGUUUAAGAGGUCGUCUUUAGAACGCCUCCUCCCUGACGAGGAGUUUGGAGACGGGGAAUUGUCGCACACUUUGACUAUUAAAGUAUUAGGAAAUGGUGUUUGGAAAGACGCAGUUCGUCAAUCCGGGCUCACAGAAGUGACGCCAUCCGUGCUGUACUACUAAUAAUAGUAUACUGUAAUCCUUAGAAUUAUUUCUAUUACUGAUUAUACUUAAUUAUAAUACUAAUCCAUUUUAAUUUUUUUAGUGGCAACAUUUAAGUGUCAUCAACUUAUAUUUUAAAACUAUAAAUACUGGUUCCAUUCAAUUUGUAAGACAUUGCUGGAAGUAACGCUGAACAUUAAAAAUCGAGACUGAAACUGUAACUCGAACAAUUCACCUUACGGUAAAGACAUGGUACUGUCCCUCUGUUAUUUACUUCCAAACUUAAAGUAGGACUUAGGACGAAGAAAAUUCUCAAGCGAUAAAUAGUAGCAGGCAGCCGUCUACGCUUAUUUUGAAGAUAAAAAUUUGGAUUAUUUUUAUAAAAAUUUACAGAUGUUGAUUCACAGACGUCUGAAGUGUGCAUUAGUACAUGGUGCUUGUAUUGAAAAAUAAAAUUCCUUUCAUUUUCUUGAUUAGUUCAUAGUUAGGCCAAUUCAUUAUGGGACCGUCUAGGUAAAAUACAUGAAAGUCAAAAAGGAUUUUGUAAUAGAAUACUAUAUAUAAUAUUUGUUAUAAAAGUUCACGUUUUAUGUCCCAUAAAAUAAAAACAGUAUUUCACCUAGUGCAGGAUUUAUGAGCAGGUUUAUAAAUAAUUUUGCAUUUAAGAAUAAAACUAGAAAAAAAACAAUUCUAAAAAUAUAACAAUUAUUAUUUAAUCUACAAAUAUUCAUUAUAUCUCUGCACACACAAAGACCCCCUUAUAUGUCCAUAAAAAUCACAGUUCAAUUGUAAGCUUACUUUGACGUGGAGAAUAAAUAAUAGACAUAAAUAUUUCAAA